UAUAAUAAUCCGUUUAUCUGUCCUAUUCAUUAAUUAUAUGAUAUCCUCAAUUUCUAAACUUCAUUUAUAAACAAUACCAAUCCGAUUUACAUAGAUAAAGCUGAUCUUUGCCGCAAAUAUAAAAAUAGAAGCUGUUUGGUCGCUUGGGUUUGUGGGGAAAAUGGGUGAUGAAGAAGAGAAUUUGGGUGCCUGGCUUAUUGGUGUUAACAAGCUCAAGAUUCAGCCUUUCAAGCUUCCUCCUCUUGGACCCGAUGAUGUUCGAGUGAGGAUGAAAGCUGUUGGUAUCUGUGGAAGUGAUGUCCACUAUCUUAAGACAUUGAGAUGUGCACAUUUUGUGGUGGAGGAGCCUAUGGUCAUCGGCCAUGAGUGUGCUGGCAUCAUCCAACAAGUUGGAAGUGAAGUUAAGCAUCUUGUGCCCGGAGACCGUGUAGCAUUGGAGCCAGGCAUUGGUUGUUGGCGAUGCGACCUCUGCAAACAAGGUCGAUACAAUCUAUGCCCUGAAAUGAAGUUUUUUGCAACUCCACCGGUGCACGGUUCCUUAGCCAAUCAGGUGGUGCAUCCUGCAGACCUAUGUUUUAAAUUGCCAGACAAUGUGAGUUUGGAGGAAGGGGCAAUGUGCGAGCCUCUGAGUGUUGGUGUUCAUGCAUGUCGGCGAGCUAAUGUUGGUCCAGAGACAAAUGUGUUAGUGAUGGGAGCCGGCCCCAUAGGACUUGUUACAAUGUUAGCUGCCCGUGCUUUCGGAGCUCCCAGAAUUGUCGUUGUUGAUGUGGAUGACUACCGUUUAUCUGUUGCCAAGGAUCUUGGUGCUAAUGAAAUUGUUAAAGUUUCUACAAGCAUCCAGGAUGUAGAUGCUGAAGUGGCUCUAAUACAAAAAGCUAUGGGAACUGGAGCGGAUAUCACCUUCGAUUGUGCUGGAUUUGACAAAACCAUGUCAACUGCCCUCAGCGCCACGAAGUCAGGUGGUAAAGUUUGCCUUGUUGGAAUGGGCCAUAAUCAGAUGACUGUUCCUCUUACACCAGCUGCAGCUAGGGAGGUUGAUGUUAUCGGUGUGUUUCGGUAUAAGAACACAUGGCCGUUAUGUAUUGAAUUCCUGAGGAGUGGUAAGAUUGAUGUGAAGCCUCUGAUAACACAUAGGUUCGGGUUCUCGCAGAAAGAAGUUGAAGAAGCGUUUGAAACUAGUGCUGGUGGAGGGAGUGCCAUUAAGGUCAUGUUUAAUCUGUGAAGUCUCUUUGUUUGUAAUUUUUUUUUAACAUACUUAGACGUGCAGUUAACUCUGCUUUUAAAUCAUCUUAAUAAUCUGUAAAAGUUUACAGCAGUUAUAUUUCUGGUUGGAAUGUGGAUGAAUUUCUUCUUCAUUACCCGACCCGGGAAUAUACAACAUAUUAAUGACCCGACCAAGGUCGUUCUUUUGCA